AAAUCCUACCCAAAUUCCAUCCAAUAGUUUUUCCACCUCAUUCCUGAAAAAUGCGAACAACGCUACCGGUGCAUGGCAAAAACCGUCCUGUUACGACAUUAUCAAACAACUUCUGCACUUAAAGGCAUUAUGCGUAGUUGAACCAUGAACCAUUAAAAGUUGGAGGAAGCCCGCACGGUCUCGGUGAUAAGACGAUAGCCGUGAGUGGUGACAAAUUGCGCCUUAUGCGGGCGGCAGGGCAUAUCUACAGACUUAAUAGCAAACCGAGUUUUAAUGGCACUUUGUGUACUUAUAGCUAGGUAGGUACUUCGUUCUUCGUUGGCCUUCGAAGUGUGGUAUUUCCUAGAUAAAAAAAAUCUAAGUAGAUAUGUGAUUUUUGUAUCACAAUACGCUGUUGUCUAUCCACUAUCCAGUCGUCUCAAUGCGUCUAAUCUCUAUCUGAAAAAAAAAGGUUCAAGUUAGAUACGACCCACUCAUUCAAAAACAUAGUAAACCAAUAAGACCAGGGUCCGCUAGUAACCCUAGCUAGACGGUAGUUAGAAGUGUAAAAGUUGAUUUGGCAAAGAUAAACAAAAAGGAUUGCAUUGCGAUACAGCCGUCAUAAAGUGGAAGCUUCCGAGUCCAUAGAAUCACCCCUACACCCUCGUUCUUCAAAGAGGAAAAAUAUCGAUCGUACGAACACCUGUUCGCGGUACAAUGGGGGAGCGCACCUGCCCAUACUACCACCACAAUCCACCGCGCCGCCGGUCGCGCGAACGUGCGCUGACCGCCUCCACGUCACUUAUCGAUCCGCUGACCACCACGCACUGGCAGGUUAUACCACCAUUACCGCUGCCCAGCUAAUCUGUUCUAAAUUCAAAAGUUCUAACGGUUUGUUCUGAUUUCAAAAACGUUGCGUUGCGUCUAAAGUGAUUUUUCCACCGGUAUUUACGAAGUGCAACCUGUUUCACGCGGUAUUAUUUCCAAAAAUAGUUUUUAAUUUCAACGCAAGCACUUUAGAAUCCAAUUUUAUUAAUACGCAUUAAUUAAUUUGGUGCCGCAGCAGUUGUUUUCGUAUUUCCUAGCACUACGCGCCGUCGUAAAAAGCUAACAUUGGAAAUAAUUACUUAUUAAUAUUGCCAAUGAUUCAUCGACAAUGACUCAUCGGUUUUUGCUGUUCCAGUGAUGUGAAGCGACCAUGCACAUAACCUCGGGUCUGUCGCCGGUGUCGGGCGAGAUGCUGGACACUUCUGUCCUGCAACUAUACGGGGAGGCCGGAGACCAAUGCGGCUACUUCACCGUCGACCACGCAGUCCCCGAGUCCUCGCACACCGUGGAGAUAGAAUACGUUUACGAACAACCAGAAACUUACGCGCAAAAUGUGGAUCUAGAACCAGUCAAAGCGCCUGAAGUACAAACACAGAACGUCAAGAAACCAGAGAAAAUAAUUGUUGAUGACGAGCAGGAAACGGACUUGACCAAUCUAACAUGGCUGCAGAACAUUACGAAUAUCAUGGCGAUUCCACAGUUUCCAAUACCGCCUGUGUCGCCCAGUCCUCCAAUUAAGACACCUCAGACCACGAGACUACAGAAGUUUAACCAAACAAUAGCAAAGUGUCAAAGGGAUUUUAUGGAGAACAGGGAGGAAUAUCAGAGCAAUAGCGAGAAGAAGCCGCCAUAUUCGUACAGUACGCUUAUUUGCAUGGCCAUGCGGUACAACGAUGAUAAGAUGACGCUGUCGGCCAUAUACUCGUGGAUAAAGGAGAAUUUUAAAUAUUAUAGGAAUGCUGAUCCCACUUGGCAGAACUCAAUAAGGCACAACCUGUCACUAAACAAAGUAUUCGUUAAAGUCGCUCGUUCAAAACAAGAACCUGGAAAAGGCGGCUUUUGGAAGCUAGAUCUGGGACACCUCAAGGGAACCCAGCGUAUCUCCAACAGGUCACAUAAGAAGAAGAAGGCCGACAGUACCAAGACGAUAGAAACAAAUGAAGAUCAGACAGCUGUCGCGAACAUACCACAAGUUGGUCAAGGGAUAGCGACUGACAUGGGUCAUGCUGUGAACUUACAUUUGCCCGAGUUUAUUAGUCUACCGCUGUCUGAAAUAACUUUUGACCAUCAUGUCGGAGCCAACGUGAUUGUGGAACCAGUGGCGCCACCGCCAUUGAUACAAGAAGACGACUUGAGCUCUCUGCUUCUGAAUCCGACGGAUUGGAACGAUUUGCAGUUGGACAUGCUGGACAACUAUCUCGAUUCCUGCUUCAAAUAAAGCAAAGGUAAUACUUAUGUGAAAACAAUGUUCUUUCGAGAUUUCACGUGAGUCUACGCUCCGUGGUGGUCAUGAUGCGAAACAGAGCUAAGAAUUGACAUAGAAUACCUUUUGUUUGGUUGACAGAGGAUACACAAGUAUUACUUAUAAAAUUAAAUUAGGUUAAUAGGAUCUACGAAAAUAUUUCUUGAACAAAGUUUUCGCGAUAAACUACUAUGAUAUGUAGUAAUAGAAAAAAUUCAAUUAAUGUGAUUUCUGUAAGAUUUGAUGUUAAUCUGUGGCCUUAGUGAAUAAGGGUACAAGUCUCGGGAGAGCAGAUCUAAAAGAGAGAUCUAAGUUCCACGUAACACUUAUGCCCUUUUACACCUACGAGUAAGCUGCGCGUGACUUGAACCCUUUUUCACUAGGUCUACAGGUUUGUACCUUUGUGUUAUUGCUUUAGGUAUUCGUUCUUAAGUGUAAACUUGUCAAGGGAAGAAGUUGAGAAGAUUUUACCAGAUAGGAGUUCAGCCAUCGUAUAUACAUAUUUUCAACGUUUAAAUGGAUGGUUAGCAUCGAAAUCAACCACAAGCUUUAUGGAGUGUUUGUAUUUAUGCUUUGAUAAGGCAGAUAAUGCGCAUAGAUAUGCCCCAAUUUAUACUAGUAUUUUAUGUGGUGUCGAAUUAAUAAAUGUCUUCUAGUCAGAGACAAGAAAUAAAGCGAAAUAAUAAUAGGUUUAUAAUCAUAGGGUAGAGAGAGACGUAUGCAUUAAGGCGAUAAUGAUAUACUAUACUCUCUCCUGUAUUUUAUUGUCCUUAUGAAUGAAUGGUAAUGUAAUUUUCUGUUAAUGUUAAAAAGGUUGUUUAAGCUUGUACAAAUGAAAUACAGCACAAGAAUUAGUUUUAAGCACACUUUUAGAAGUAGGUGUAACUUUUAAGCUCAAAUGAUGCAUAAUGCCGUCCAAAUAUAAUAAAAUAGAACAUUUAUUUAUCGUGACUGUUGCAAUACAAAGUAUUAGUGUGCUCAAAAGAUCUUUAGGUCUAUAGUAAAACGCUCAGUAUUAAAAACUGAGACACAUUGAUGUGGGUAUUCAAUAUUUUAGUAAGUAAUUCACUUCGCUAGUACCACAACUGGUUAUACGACUUAAAGAAGGCCGUUUUUAUACCUAGUAAAAAAAAAUGCUGAGUUGUGAGAUUAAACUUACUUUUGACUAAUACUUUUUACUUAAUUGCUGAACUAACUAAAACUUCACUUGUAGCCAAGCCUUUAACACAUGCACUAUCAGCCCGCGAAUGAUAAGCAAAUGACAUCAUUUUGAUGUCAAUCUGUAGACAGAUAAAGUCUAAGAAAAAAGUUUAGUGAAAGAACAUAGGUCAAAUAACCAUAUGUCAUUCUAAAAGUUUUAUUCCUGUGUCGAAACGAAAGAUGGCAGUAAAUUUAGUUGACUACAAAAUUCACUUUGAUAAUACGCCUCAAUUAUCUGUGGUUCGAAUACUUCGAAUACACCUCUAGUAUAGUUUUACGCAUGGCUCACUCGCUACGACGUAGAGCCUACGGUGCGGCGUAGAAGGAGUGGGAUGCUACGGGUUUUAUUGAGCAAACUCAUUAAAUCUGUUUACUACGGCCUACGACUUACUACGUCAUCCAUUCUAUAUUAUGAUCCCCUUUCUGUACCCUUAAGCCAUUGGGAAGAAGGGUCGUCAUAAGUUUGAUAUUGAUUUAGUAGCUCUCACAAACAAACAGAAAAAUCAAAUACAAAGAAAAAACUGUAGCAACAAUUUGGUUAUUUGGGUGUAAUAUAUAAGUGGACCUACAUUAGAAUAGUUGCUGUUAAAAAUGACAGUAAAAUGUGAAUUGCUAAGGGAAAAACUUUAUAAAUCAAAAAUACCCCUUUCGAUAUAUUUGUUAAAAAAAUAACAAUUUUCUAUUGUUGUUCGAAAAUCCAGCAGUGUUAAAGACAAAAUAAAUCUGGUUAUGUUUUUGUACUUUACCAUAGGAAGUUACAAACAAGGUCUUAUUUUAAGAAGUGUUCAUAUCUAUUAUCCAAGUUAAAGAAGGCAAUAGCGUGAUUGGUUUUAUAAAAAUCUAUGAGCAUUGGUAAUAAGUAGGUAUUCUGAGUUAAAAAUUAUGGCAAUAUUUGCGACAAUUUACCGCUCAGUAUUAUGACGUACAAUUUAAAUUAAAUAUUAGAUGUUAAGCUGUAAUAAUUAGUAUUAAAAAGGUAAUGGUAAAUUUCUCUACACUUUUACUCUUAAUUUGGCCAUGAGUUCUCGAGAAUAAAUUGAAAUUUACAAAAAUUUAAUAGGCCUAGUGUUAUGAGCCACAAAAUGAAUACUGUAGGCCUAGAACAGGAGCGCCGUGACAGUAUCUCGCCCACGAGGUAGACUACCCCUCUUUCUCUAACUGCAGAGGGCCGGGUAGUCUACCUCGCGGGCGAGAUACUGUCGGGCCGCUCCUGUACUAGGCCUACGGUAUACUAGUAUCAGAGAGGAUGUCAAGUUUGAUGCCCUAACGCGGUUAUCAUUCUGAUGCGGAU